AUGGCCACUCACGAUCAGAGGCAAAAGGGACUACGCCCCCAUAAGGAAAAGAUUUGUAAAGUUUGCGGCCAUGUCUACAAAGAUGUUGUCAUGCACGAUUUUAUUAAAUAUUGUUUGUGUUUUUUAUGCACACAUAUUUCUCUUCCUUUCAGGGAUUGCCGGGUAGACUGUUAUAAAGAUGCACCAAAUAAUUGGUGUUGUGAAAAAUGCCUGAAAAAACAAAAAGAUGAGAACUCUGAGGGAUUAGAGUUACAUGCCUCUUCAAACAUUUGUCAAAGCACUCUUCCACCAAAGAAACGUAGCAAGUUUCUUGGUGAGAACUGGAAAAAAGAGGAACAAAUCAGGAAAACAAAGUAUAUACCUGUUGAUGAAGCAAUUGGCCUAUUAAAUUCCGUCUCUUCAAGAGUUAUGUCAACUAAAUCCAAGACUACUGAAACUCGAGGGAAUUCAAGCAAACCUAGAACUCAGAUUUUAGAUAUUUUUCCUAAGAAGAGAACACUGCAGUAUUCUUUAGGGUCAACAGGAUAUAAGAAACCUCCCAGUUAUCUAAAUUUCAAAAAAAUAGAACCAAGCAUAAAACAAGUUGAAUCAUCUAAAGAUCCUGAGAGAGUUACCAAUCUAGAGCAUAGGAGUUUCAAUGCUGUGAAAACGAGUGGAGUGAUGAAUCCACCUAUGACACACCCUUGUGAUCCUGCUCUAGCUCAUUCCUGGAAGGGAAGUUUUGAAAUCUCAAGUUGUUCAGAAUUUGUUCAAAGUGACCUCCAUGAUUUCAUCCAGGCUCAUCCUCCUUCUAGAGUCAAACGUAAGGUGUAUGAUUUAUUAGGGCUAUUGCCUCAUACACUAAAAUUUGAACUAGUUCCGCGCGAGGACAUUUGGACAAAGCUAUUCAAUAAUUAUUGUCCAGGUAAAGAAGACGUAGGACUAUAUUUCCUUUCAAGUGAGAGAGAAAGGUCUGGGAUAUAUACCUCUCUGGUGGAGUUCAUACGUAACAGAGAUUUUGUAAUGAGAAUGAUGAUAAAUGAUGUUGAGUUGCUUGUACUUGCAUCCACAACCCUGCACAAUGAUUGUCAAAAAUGGAACAACGAGUACUUUCUGUGGGGAUUAUUUUACCGCAUCGGACAAUAUACAGAUGGAUGUGCCGAAGGGGGCAGCAACAAAGUGAUUGAUAUGGAGAUAGACAUGAUAGCUGGAGAAAAUGUGUGAAUGCUGGACACUGUGGUCUCAACAACUAGUUUCAUCAAUAACUUUGAUUUAGAUAUUCAACAGAAACCGUUACUGUUGCUACCUAUUUAUACCUUUCUAGCUUAUUGUUUUUAUCUGUAGUACUAGACGUAUUUGUACUGUUCCUUUUUAGUUUUCCUUAUAACAAUCUAUUACCAGUUUUUGGGA